GUUGGGGUUGGGGGUGGAGGGGGGGGGGGGGGCUGCGAGUGCGCAGUGCGGCCGGCCCAGGGGAGUGGUUCCGGUCCUGGCCGUCGCGCGCACAAAUUGGACUAAUGGGGCUGCUGCGGACGUCCGCCCGACGUCCGCCUGCCCGCCGGCUGCUGCCGCUGGCGGCGGCUUGGCUGCUCGUCGCCGGCCGAGGCGUCGGCGCUCAGCGGGUUCGCGUGGACGACGAGCUGGAGGCCUACCCGGACGAGUCGGUGGACCUGCGCUGCCAGUUCGUUGACGGCGGAGGCAAAACCAAACUCAACCAGGUUUCGUGGAUCUGGGAGCCCGCCGAGGGCCAGCGGGACAACAUCGCCGUCUACCAUCCCGUCUACGGCCAGAGUUUCCCCAACUUGUCCUUCAAGGACCGCGUGGUCUUCCUGCACAACAACCCCGAGAACCCGUCCAUCCGCAUCUCCCGCCUGCGCAUGUCCGACGCCGGCCGCUUCACCUGCGAGUACGCCACCUACCCGCUGGGCAACAAGCAAGGCACCACCACGCUCGUCAUGCUGGCCAAACCCAAAAACUCCGCCAACGUGGUGACGGCGCAGGCGGGCACCAAGGCGGCGGUGGUGGCGCAGUGCCAGGCGGCCGACGCCAAGCCGGCGGCGACCAUCAGGUGGCUGGCGUCGGUGGGCGGCGACCACACCACCAGCAGCAGCGACGGACCCGACGGCACCGUCACGGUGCGCAGCGAGUACCGGCUGGCGCCCACGCCGGCCGACCACGGCCGGGAGGUCACGUGCGUGGUGGACCAGCGCACCCAGGACAAGACCUGGACCCAAAUUCUCAGGCUCUCCGUGGAGUACCCCCCCUCCGUCUCCAUCCAGGGCUACGACCACAACUGGUACGUGGGCCGCUCGGACGCCGCGUUGGUCUGCACGGCCGACGGCAACCCGCAGCCGACCGCCGUCACCUGGACCGCGGCGUCGGGUCCGCUGCCGGACUCGGUGCGGGUAGACGGCAACAAGCUGACGGUGAGGAAGGUGGACGACGCCGUCAACACCACCUUCAUCUGCGAGGUCCAGAACAAGCACGGCGCCGCCAAGGACCAGAUCACCACCCUCGUCGUGGAAGCCUUAGAGGAACAGUCCAGUACCGGCGUAGUGGCGGGCGCCGUGAUCGGAUCCCUCCUGGCGCUGCUCUUGGUCGCCGCGCUGGUGGCCGUGCUGGUGACCCACGCCCGCCGCCGGCGGGGCGCCGACACGGCGGCGGGGGCCGGCGGCGACCGCGUCGACUACGGCAACAAGGCCCGUCUCCUCUUCGGCGGCGAGGGCAAGAACAACAACGGGCCGGCGUGCACGUACCGCGACGGCUGCGACAACGCCGGCACUCUGACGGAGAAGGCCGAGCGCUUCCAGCGCCACCGUCGCCGCCCCGCCAAGCCCUGCGCCCACGACGUCCUCCUGGACCAAGCGGAGAGGAGGAAGUUUGACGACAGCCCGGAGGAGGACGAGCGCUACGACCGAUUCCAGGGCGGGAAGGCGCUCCCGCCGGCCUAUCGCGGCGGGGACGACGUGUACCUGGGCGACGACAUGGAGUCCCAGCGGGACGGCUCCGUCAUUUCCCGGACGGCCAUUUACGUGUGAGACGGCGGCGGCGGCAUCCCGCGAAGCCCGUCGGAUGGAACUCGGACACGCCGCAACACGUCCGUCCGUCCGUCUGUCCGCGCGUGAACGGACGAGCGCUUCGUCGUUUCCAAAUGGACGUCGCCUGUCGUCGUGUCGUCGUUCCUCGAGCUUUGCGAGCGCUCGCGGGACUCGGUUCCGCGUGUGGCCCGAAGCGGACGAAAGCCUUUCCCUCUUGGCUUCUUUUGAGCGUGCGUGCUGCGGUGUGAAUGGCGGCGCCGGGGACGCCGGUCGCACGACUCGACUCCGCUCACGUUUAAGUCGCCCGUUUUCGGACUUCGGACCGAGACCUGACAAAAGCGUCGACUUGACCUCGACCCGACCACUCUUGUGCGUCCUCAAACCUGUCUGUGCCGUUUGCGCAACAUCUCACGAAAGAUUCAUACGUUCGGACGGAGCGAUGACCUUUAGGAUCCAAUCGGACGGAUGAGAAUGGCAGCUACAGCUAAAAGAUAAAAGACGCGACAAAAAGGUGCCUUAAAACGCGUCAAACGCCGCCCUCUCCCGGACGGGCGGCUAAGCUACGUCAAGGCCGCGGCUGGUUCGUUCCACUUGCGAAAUGGCCGUCCAAUCCGGGAGAUCGGGUCGUCCCUUGUGAUUGGCUCCCCCUGGUCACGUGUCAUUCUGCGGGCGGCGUCUCAAACGGGAACCAUUUUUCCAAAUAUGAGCUCAAAGCGCCACCUUGUGGUGUCACCUUCUGGUCUGAUCUGGUUGUCGUGCGAAAGGAAACGUUCGCCAUUUGUCAGCCUUCCAAACAUUUGAUUGAUGUAUUUACAUGCUACCUCUUUAUUAUUUGUGUUCCGAACAAAUUCCACAAUCAUUUUUUUCAAGGAAACAUCCCAGGAUCCAGUUGGAUGCAAUCAAAUUACGUGAAAGCAUCAUUAGUUGAAAUAGUUCCACCGACCCGGUUCCAUUUUCAAGAGGCGAACUCGUAGCUUUCCGCAAGUGGCGGCACGUUGGCCUCGCACUUCUGAGGUCUCGGGUUCAAUCCCGCCCCCGCCCGUGUGGAGUUUGCGUGGGUUUUUCUCCGGGCGGGCGCUGCGGUUUCCUCCCGGAUCCCAAAAACGUGCAACAUCAAUCGGACGCUCUCGAUUGCCCCCUCGGUGU